AUGGAUCAAAAUCACUUGGAAUGCCUAAGAAUUGAAAACAAAAAGCUUCGUGGUAAGCACAAUGAACUAGAGUCGGAUCUUAUCGAGGAGAAAGAAAUGGUGAAAUAUUUGCAUGGUGUGAUAAAGAAUUACCAACAGCUGUUAAAGUCACCACAAACGACACGACAUCUUCAAACUGCUUCUCAAAAGAGCGUGCGUCGAACUUCGAGUGCCCGACGAGUGACUAGUGAAAAAGAUGUAGAAGAAUCGUUCCUGAAGAAUUUGAUCGAAAUGAGUAGUUUUCAUCCGGGAAAGAAGGAAGCGAAACCUAAGGAACAAGGGUUCGUGCCAAAUGAUAAUUCACAUUCAAAGGCGUUAGACACGUCCGACUGUGAAGAUACAGACAGAAUCGAUAACAACAACAGCCAUGUAUCUGAUGAAAUUUUAUUACCUACUGAUCAGCGACGCAAGAGAUCAGAAUCUAUUCCUCCUACAAACUCGUUUUACUCGAAUUUUCUGAGUCAAAAGACCCGUAAACCACGAGGAAAUACUAUCUCGGACUUUAGAACACUUCCCCUUAGCAACCCGAGCGCGAAGUGUUUCGAGAGAGAGCAUGUUAUGCAAGAAAUGACCCAAAUGUUGGACUCCAUGAUGCAGAAAACAACUUUACUCGAAAAAAGCUUAAAACAGAAGGACAAACAUUUGACAAAAAUGGAACGAAGGUUCGAAUACUUGGAAAGUAUAGCGCUUGGAGAAGAAUCUGAAUGUCUGUGA